AUGUCAUAUGCAGCCGCAGCUUCGAAAGGCCCUAGACAGACGAGAGAAGAGGCAUCUCCAGUUCUCCGUGAGGUUGAAAAUUCAAGCUCAACACCCACAAAUGCCCUCAUUGAUACUGAUACACCUUCAGUCCACACCGUACCCCCUGACUUUGUUGCCCAGCCCGUUACAACCGAGACUCAGGCAUCCCGUGUGCAGCGCGAACGAGAUGUUGAGUUCGAAAAGGCACAUACCGUGAAAAGUAACGUAAACUCUGAGGUAGCUCAGAAUACUGGUCAGAAAAAGAAAACAGAGGAUCCAUCGUUGAAAAACAGAAAGAAAUUUGAAGGAUUUGAAGCGCAUGAUGGUAGCCCUUUAUACUCCGGGCAUGCGGCCAUUGUUGCCAUGUUGGGCAUUGCUUUGGGAUUUGGAGCUUUUCGGAAAUACUCUGCCGGGGAGUUAAACGGAAAAAUCGUAGGCGUGUGGACGGGUAUUGUGGGAACUUUUGCCGUUGUUGAUUUCUUCAUUUACCGGCUUAUUUCGAAAAAGAACUGUGGGCAAAAAUAG